AGAGAAAGGAGGGAGGCGCGGCGGAGGGCACUGCAGUGCUGCUGCUGCGCCGACUGCGGAAAGGAACGGAGGCGAGAGCCCUGGAGAUUGACAGAUUGGGAGGCAGAGGGGGCGCGGAGGGGGGCGCCCAGGGGGGUGGGAACGGCAGCGGAGGGGGGGCGCUCGGCGGCGGGAAGAGCCCCACCAUCCUCGUCCCUGGCCUUGCGAGACCGAGGCCUGCAUUGAGCAUCCUCCUGCAGCAUCCUCCUCCUGGAAGGAGAUGAUUGGCAGGCUGACCAGGGGGGCUGCAAACAACAGGAAGACUAAGACUGACGUCCACCUUCUGAGCUAGACGUCUGACCACCAUCCAACAGCCGGCCGGAGCGCCUUGACCAGCACCGGGAGGGGAGGAAGGCGCUCUGCUCGGCUCCACUCUGCUCUGCGUGGGAGAGAGGUUGAGGUCAGAACUCAGGAAUUUGCCAAGCACAUCCUCCCGGGGCCUCGUCCUUCUCCUCGAGGCGGCUCCAUGCGGGACUCACCUGCCGCGCAGGUGCCUCAUCCCCUUGGGCACCUUGGGCCUGUUUCCGCAGCCCCGGCGAUGCUGGAGGGGCCCUGCUGCUAGGGCCCCGCUGGGGAUCCCCUCCGGUCCCCGGGGGCCUCGCCUCCUUCUCCAGCGCCAUUCUCGCUGCCAUCCUCCCCCUCCGGCCCCGGGAAGCAGCCAUUUUUGCCACCUUGGGCCCACGAUGCGCCCCGGGGGCGGUGGCUCCGGGGGCGUUCUCCAGCGCUGCCGCUUCACGUCCCGCGCCCGCUUCAAAGCCCGGCCUGCUGCAGACGGCGGCGCGGCCGCCUAGCCCCAUGCAGGAGGGGGUGCUGGGGGAGCCCGGCCGGCCCCCCGAGAGCCAUGUCAAGAGCCUGCUCAUGUCCUGCCUGAAAGGGCAGCAGGUCAUGCUCAAGAUGGAGGCCAUGAAGAUCAUCCACCCGGAGAAGUUCCCCCCCGAGCGCCAGGGCGUCGCGGUCGGGCCGCCCUCCUCGCGCUGCUUCGCCCCGGCCCCCCGCCGCGAGCCCCCCCUGGCCGCCAAGCGGGCCUGGCCCUCCGAGCCGGAGAUCAUCGUCAACCAGGCCUGCGGGGGGGACCUCCCGGCCCUGGACCCCCCCGGCCCCCUGGGGCUCCCCCGGACGCCCCCCCUGCCCCGGCGCGGCGAGCGCCUCUGCUUCCACCGGCCCCCGCCGCCCCUGCCGCUGCCCCCGGCCCCCUCCUCCUGCUCCGCCCCCUCGGGCGAGGUGAUCGCCAACCAGUACGCGCUGCAGCCGCCCCCGCCGCUGCCCCCUCCGCCGCCGGCCUCGCCCUGCGAGCCCCUGGAGUGCCCCACCUGCGGCCACCGCUACAACUUCACCCACAAGCGGCCGCGCAUCCUCUCCUGCCUGCACUCGGUCUGCGAGGAGUGCCUGCAGAUCCUCUACGAGUCCUGCCCCAAGUACAAGUUCAUCUCCUGCCCCACCUGCAAGCGCGAGACCGUCCUCUUCACCGACUACGGCCUGGCCGCCCUGGCCGUCAACACCAGCAUCCUCAACCGCCUGCCCGCCGAGGCCCUGGCCGGACCCGGGAACCCCGUCCAGUGGAGCAGCGAGGCCGACCGCAGCUGCUACCAGACCUUCCGCCAGUACUGCGGCGCCGCCUGCACCUGCCACGUCCGCAACCCGCUCUCCUCCUGCACCAUCAUGUGAGCCACGGACAGCCGGGCCCCGCCGUGGCACCUCUCCCGUCUGGACCACGGGGCCGUUUGCACAGAGAGGAGCCCGGGACUCAAUCUGCAACGCAAUGCGGGGCCUCUCUGUGGCUCAAGAGGGGAAUAUGGGAA